UCUUCAUAUGAUGAUAGAAAAUCUAUAGAUUUCUCAUUGAAUUUUAGCCAUAUAUUUCAUCUACUCAUGAUAUUAUAUUAGAUAUUUGCAGUAAAAGUCAAAAUAAUAUGAUAAAAAAUAAAAUAAAAAAGUAUAUAUGUAUGAUUGAUUUGAAGGUAAGAAGAGAAGGAUCAAGAAGAUCCACAGUUAUUACUGUAGAGAAGCAUGCAAAGUAACAGAAUUUUGAAAGUGAAAGAGAGAGAGAGAGAGAAAUAAGGAGAUGAGUAUAUGUGAUUGAAACUAGUGAAAAUGAAGUGUCACUUACCAUAAAUAUCUAAACUAGUUUAAUUGGCUAGGAAGCAAAUUAGUACAUAUAUAGAGUAUAGUUUUUAUAAACCUAAGGUAUGGUUUCAUUUGGAAGUUUAUAUCCAUGGCCCCUACCAAAAUAUGGAUGGAAGAUGUUAUUUGAGUUUAGAAACUUAUUGGGGACAUUAAUAUUCUUUUUGGUAUAUCCCAUCACACAGUGACACAUAAUAGGAAAAGAAAAACAUAAUCUUGUGUUAUCAGUUAUCAUGUUGGUAUUUAAAAUUAAAAGAAAAUAUUAUAUUAGUAAUUCAAAACUCGAUCGUAAGACAAUUUUAUUUUCGGAUGAUUGAUAUAUGAAAUAUAAUAAAUUUAAUUAUAUGAACAGAUAAUGUGAAAAGGAGCUGAUAAUAGAAAAAUUUAAAAAUAAAAUGAAAAAACAAACAAGCUAAGCUAAGGAAUACCCAAAUAAAUUUAAUUAUAUGAACAGAUAAUAUGAAAAGGAGCCGAUAAUAGAAAAUUUUAAAAAUAAAAAGAAAAAACAAAUAAGCUAAACUAAAGAAUACCAAAUAAAAUUAAUUAUAUGAACAGAUAAUAUCAAAAGAAGCAAAUAAUAGAAAGAUUUAAAAAUAAAAAGAAAAAACAAACAAGCUAAGCUAAGGAACACCAAAUUACUUUUACAUAAGAGGUCCAAAAUAUUGCCCUACCAUUCUACCAAGUUUCCUAGUGAAUUGUCAUGUCAUUUGGACUUAAAAGUUAAAACCAACCAAAUAUAUAUGUCAUAAAAUCUUUGAUAUUUCUUGUUAAAACUUCCUACCUAAAGUUGUUCUCUAUAUUUCUCAGGAACAAGAUCAAGAAGACUUCUUUCUAUUGGGGAAUUGUACAAAUCAUCAUAGUCAAGAAUAUAUAUUUGUUACUUUUUGAUCCUUCUACAAAUGGAGAAAACUCUAAACUCCAAUGAUGAUAAAGAAUUCAUGCGAAUGGCGAUGCUAAAACAUGAAGAAACAUUCAGAGAACAGGUGAAUGAACUUCAUCGUCUAUAUCGAAUUCAGAAGAUGCUAAUGGAAAGUGUUGGAGUUAACCAACAACAAAAGCAAAAAUUAGAGAGAUAUAAUCUGGUGGAAAGCAGCAAAAAACCCUUUACUAUUGAUCAUUAUCAACAACAACUAAUACUACAAGCACAAGUACAAGCACAAAGGGAUAUUAUUAAUAGAUCAAAGAGCAACAAUAUCAUUAUGGGAUUAAAUGUAAUUAGGCCUGAUAAUCAGGUAUUAACUCGCGGAGAUCCUAGACCAUCUGAUGCACAAGAACACAUUGCGGAAUCAUCCAACGGCAAUGAUAAAAUAAGAGAAUUAGAUGAUCCUGAUAUUGAGUUAACUCUAAGUUUAGGUCCAUCUUCGUUCAACCCUACCCGACGAAAAAAUGGUAAGUCGGAGUCGGGUCAAAGCAUAUCAUCUUCUUCAACUGGGUCAAGCCAAACCAAGAAAACAAGUCCAAAGAAUAAUAAUAAUGUUACUAGAAGCUCAACAACAACAUGGGGUGGUUUUCCUUCGGGUUCCGGAAUCGAACCCGGGUUCUCAAAUGGGCAACAAAAUGGUAGUAAUCCUCCAUGGUUGUACCAAGCUUUGAGCUUGAAGCUGACUUAAUUAACUGAAUUUAAUAGGUUGAUUUUUAAUUAGUUUUGUGUGGAGUUGUUCUUUUUACCCUUUCUUUUAUCUUAUCUUUGCUGUUAGUUUACUUGGAGACUAAUGGUAAAACUUAUUGACAUAUCAGGCGUUCAUAGAGAGCCUUUUGUAUAAAGUUUUGAAUUGCUGAUGAUAUGAGCAGCUACUUAUUAAUCUUAAA